UUCACGUGGGACUAGACUGCGGCAAAGCUCCAUCAAAGUAGUACACAUUUUCUCCGUUAUUAGAAAAAUUUCCACAUUGAGAGAUGUCUCAAAAUGAAGUUGACCACGACCCUGAGGAUGUGGAGUCGAAUUCCACCGUGCCUAAAGCAAAGAAACACGACAGUGGAGCGGCAGAUCUUGAGAGAGUUACGGACUAUGCUGAAGAAAAAGAGAUCACUGGACAACGACUGAGCAAUGCAUUGGCAGCCCUGGACCAGAGGAUGUCAAAGGAAAGAUCAGAGAAGAUAGAAAGAGAGCGAGAAUUAGCCAAAGUCGUCAUCAAGAAAGCAGAUGUAGACCUGAUUAUUCAAGAGCUUGAAAUCAGCAGAACAGAAGCUGAGCGCAGCCUGCGAGAAAACAAAGGAAACCUGGUGGAAUCCCUGAUUGAACUCACAAACUGACGACAUCCUGCGCAGUACCUAUGACCCAUGACCUACCAGGGGCCAGGUUGAAAGUACCCUUGCAGCGUGUUUGUCAGCUUCCAAACGUUGAAACUGACAGGGAAUGGUUUUUGUACCGCAUUCAUCAUUACUAAAUUAUAAUAAACAAA